AGCCGCGGGAGGUCCGGACAGAGGCGGCCAUGGGACUCGAGGAGUCUGCGCUGAAAGGAGGGCACUCGUGGAGGAAAGGCCUACAUAACUAAAAGGGGCUCAGAAAAGAGAAGGGAGCAGUUUGAGUGUCAGCAUUCUUGAAUAAGGAAGGAGAAGCUGGAUGGUCUGCAGCAUGAGUUCCAGGUGACCGAAGACACAUUUCUUAAUUGGCUUGUUUUGAGAACUGAUGCCUGAACCACGUCAGUAUGGCCAAUAGAAGACGAGGUGGGCAUGGCCAGCCUCCCUCCGUGAAGCCAUCCCGGGUUAGCCCUCGAAGUCUUUCCACCAACAGGACCUGCACCCACAAUAUAUGCAUGGUGUCUGACUUUUUCUACCCAAACAUGGGAGGUGUGGAAAGCCACAUUUACCAGCUCUCUCAGUGCCUCAUCGAGAGGGGGCACAAGGUCAUAAUCGUCACCCAUGCGUACGGAAAUCGAAAGGGCAUCCGUUACCUCACCAAUGGCCUCAAAGUUUAUUACUUGCCUCUCAGAGUCAUGUACAACCAAUCUACAGCCACGACUCUCUUUCACAGUCUGCCAUUGCUCAGGUACAUAUUUGUUCGGGAGAGAGUUACCAUAAUCCAUUCCCACAGUUCUUUUUCUGCCAUGGCCCAUGAUGCCCUCUUCCACGCCAAGACAAUGGGGCUUCAGACAGUCUUCACAGACCAUUCCCUUUUUGGAUUUGCUGAUGUCAGCUCGGUGCUCACAAACAAGCUUCUAACUGUGUCUCUCUGUGACACAAACCACAUCAUUUGUGUCUCUUAUACUAGUAAGGAAAACACUGUCCUAAGAGCAGCACUGAAUCCUGAAAUAGUGUCCGUCAUUCCUAACGCUGUAGAUCCUACUGACUUCACUCCAGAGCCAUUUAGGAGGCAUGAUAGUGUAAUAACUAUUGUUGUUGUCAGCAGACUUGUUUACAGAAAAGGGACUGAUUUGCUUAGUGGUAUAAUCCCUGAACUCUGUCAGAAAUACCAAGAAUUAAAUUUCCUAAUUGGAGGAGAGGGGCCAAAGAGAAUCAUUUUGGAAGAAGUACGGGAACGAUACCAACUACAUGACAGGGUGCAACUUUUGGGCGCUUUAGAACACAAGGAAGUUAGAAAUGUCUUAGUUCAAGGACAUAUUUUUCUUAACACCUCCCUCACUGAAGCAUUCUGCAUGGCAAUCGUGGAAGCCGCCAGUUGUGGUCUGCAGGUUGUCAGCACGAAGGUUGGUGGCAUUCCUGAAGUCCUUCCGGAAAAUCUUAUUAUUUUAUGUGAGCCUUCAGUAAAAUCUCUGUGUGAAGGCCUGGAAAAAGCUAUUUUCCAAGUGAAGUCGGGAACGUUGCCAACUCCAGAAAAUAUCCACAAUGUCGUAAAGGCUUUCUACACCUGGCGGAAUGUGGCAGAGCGAACUGAGAAGGUGUACGAGCGUGUGUCGAAGGAAACUGUGUUGCCAAUGCAUAAGAGAUUGAACAGGCUCAUCUCUCAUUGUGGCCCAGUGACAGGCUACAUUUUUGCUUUGCUGGCGGUGUUCAGCUAUCUCUUCCUCAUUUUCCUGCAGUGGAUGACUCCAGACUCUAUCAUUGAUGUUGCGGUAGAUGCUACUGGGCCAAGGGGAGCCUGGAUGUAUCAAUGUCCUUGUGAUAAGAAAGGAGAUGAGAAUGAUAAGGUAUCCAAAAGCAGGUAGAAGCAGGCCCAAGUCCACAAGUCUUAGCCUCUUGCAAUACUCCUGUUAGCAUUUGAACAUUACCUUGCUCUUUUGUGUUUGGGCUUCAGAGUUGGUUUAGUAAAUUAUGCUACCUCUGUAUCAUUCACUAUUUUUGUUUUCUGAAGAAAGGUAAACACUUAUGUAAUUCCUGAAUGUGGAAACUCCUUGCACUUCUUAAGAUUUUGGGGGAGAAUGGUCUCACCACUCAGGCCUGACGUUUUUCAGAUGACUGAGAUCCCUCUAGCAGAGAUGUUUUAACAUUAUAUUUUGGGAGCCUUGGGUGCUGAAAGGCCAAAUGUUUCUGGAGCUUUUUUGGCCAGUUUUAAACAUUAUCCCAUUCAUUCACCUUUACCAGAUGUUUACAAGCUUUCUUUAGGGAGGUACAACAGUUGUGUGAACUGUUUUCAGUCCAGUUCAUGUAACCUUCAUUGAGCAUUGACGUCAUGUUCUUAGACACCUACUGGGUUCACUCAAGGGUUACACGUAAUCUGAUUUCUUGAGCAAGACCACUGAUUGGUUGCUGAGACUAGGACUAGUGAACCCGAAGUGGUGAAACAACAAACAUGCCAAAUGCUCAAGCUACCGAACGUCAGGAGAUGAUCACUGGUGUGCUCCAAGUACCUCUCUGAACCGGUUUUAUGCAUUCUCUUAGGAAGAGCCCUUGUCUGCGUGCGUGUGUGUGUGUGCGUGCGUGUGUGUGUGCGUGCCUGUGUGUGUAUUUGUGCAUGUGUGUGCAUGUGAAGAAAUGUUGAUUUUUAAGUUCUACGGACCGAUACCACUGUUGACCCUAGUACAGGCCCAUCCUCUGCUUUUGUAGUACCCAGUUAAGUCCCAGGAAACAUCUUUGUGGUUUCUGAGCAGAACAGAAGAUGUGUACCAUCUCAAAACCAGCUGCUAUCCUGUCUUCUGUAUAGAAGUCCCUCCCCGUCACUGUGGCCUAACUGAUUUCUGAUAAGUGUUGCCAGGGUACAGAGAGGUUUUCCUCCAGAAUGGUUUAUUUAUAGAGUAUCAAGUCUGCAAGGUGUCAGAGAACACAGUCCCUUUGUGGGUGGAAUUUCUCAGUCAUAGUUACGGCCAUCUAGAGCCAUGGGUUGUUGAAUCCUAAAUUACCUAUGAUAUGUAUUAUUAAGCCUUUGGACUCUUUUGCAUGGGUUUUUAUGGGAAAAGGACAAAAUAAAAAGCAACAAGGCGCUUGUGGGCAUUCGAUUCUGUCAGUGUUGUGAUUCUGUACAGGAUUUUUUUUAAUGACAUUUGCAAACCUUUUUAAAGAGUAUCUUAACAUGCCUAUUACCUGGUUGCCAUGAAUAUAAAAGAGAUAUAUUUGUGUUUUUUUUAUUUUAUUUUUUUUAUUCUUUUUUAAUUAAAAUUUCCACCUGCUCCCCGUUUCCCAUUUCCCUCCCCUCCUCCCAAAUAUUGCCCCCUCCCCCCAGUCCUCUCCCCCUAUCCCCACUCCUCUUCUCCACCACCCACACCAUUCCCCCUCCCUCUCGAUACUGGAGAGCAGUCCAAAUUCUCUGCCCUGUGGGAAGACGAAGGUCUUCUAUCUAUGUCCAGGAAGGUGAGCGUCUAAACAGGCUAAGCACCCACAAAGCCAGUUCAUGUAUUAGGAUCGAAACCUAGUGCCAUUAUCCUUGGCUUCUCAUCAGCCUUCAUUGUCCACCAUGCUCAGAGAGUCCAGUUUCAACCUAUGCUUAUUCAGUCCCAGACCAGCUGGCCUUGGUGGGCUCACAAUAAAUCAGUUCCCCUGUCACAGUGGGUGGGUGCAUCCCUCGUGGUCCUGGUUUCCCUGCUCAUGUUCUCCCUCCUUCUGCUCCUCAUUUGGACCUUAAGAGCUCAGACCGUUGCUCCAAAUUGAGUCUCUGUCUCUACCUCGAUCCAUCGCCAGAUGAAGGUUCUAAGGUGAUAUGUAAGAUAUUUAUCAGUCUAGGAUAGGGUCAUUUCAGGUUCCCUCUCCUCAGUUGCCCAAGGUACCAGCUGGGGACAUCUCCCUGGACACCUGCGAACCCCUCUAGAGUCAAGUCUCUUGCCAACCCUAAGAUGGCUCCCUUAGUUAGAAUAUAUACUUCGCUGCUCCCGUAUCCUCCCUUCCUAUAUCCCAACCAUCCCAAUCCCCCGGGCUCCUCCCAUCCUCCCCUUCUCAUGUUUCUCAUCCCAUUUCCCCUUUGCCCCUUGCCACCUCACCCGCAAGUUCCCAGUUAUUGCCCUGCAAUCUUGUCUACUUCCCCUCUCCAGGCGGAUGACUAUAUGAUUUUCUUUAUGAAAACACAAAUGCUAGAGAGUACUUUUUAAAAUGCGGAAGUUAGGGCAGGGCUUCUUUUAUUGGAGAUAAAUGACCUGGUCCAAAGGUUGAGUCUUACUCAAAUUUUGAUGCAUUGAGACAGGUGUACAGAGAGUAAACAGGGCCAGUAUUCAUGGUAGCCUGAAACAUGUUAACGCUUGGCUUUAUUUAUUCUAUGCUACUAUUUCUUCUUUUAUGUUUGCUUCUAGUUUUUGCCAAAAUUAUCAUUGAAUGCUUUGAUUGUUCUUUAUUUAAGAUAAAAAUAGAAUUGAAAAUUAAUUUGUUCUUGUACGUAAAUAUGUAAUUUAUAAGUUAAAAUUGUUUUCCUUUUUUUGAACAAGUGGGAAUAAACUUAUUUGUCUGCCCGAAAUGACUUUCAGGCUUCCUGGAUACAUUAAUUGUAAUGAUCAGUGUUGCACUACUCAGCGUGGAAACCCUGUUCCACACUGCUACUCAGAAUUAUUGAACAAGGAAAUUAACAUGGGUGAGGAAUUUGUUGAAAAGACGCUGUAUUAUUUUGAUGUUGCAGUCACACACAUGAAACCCAUCUAUUAAAACAUCCAAUAAUAAAGACAAGAAUGAUCUUUUAAUAGUUUUCUCAGUUUGUCUUAUUUUGUGACCAGGAUGUUAUUUAUGGAACACCCUCUCCUCCUGUUUUCUAAGUAGAGCAAAUGUGUGGCUUGGUCUCUUAGUAAAACAGGAAGUGUCCUUUGUCUGAUGCACCACUCUGUCAUCUUUUAUUUCUAGAAUAUAUGCUCUUUUGUAUUCUUGAAAUAGCAAGUUCAAUUGUACCUUUGUUUCCUGAUUCCAAUAAGCCCUUGUUUUUCACUGUCAGUUA